GCUUACUUUUACUUGUCGCAGGCACCGUACAAUAACCUUCUGAGUUCUGGUUGUCGUAGUGCAUUAUUUCAAUCUGUGAUAGUGGAAUCUCAGCAUAGUCAAGAGGAUUAUGAUAUGGAUAAUUCACCUAAGGAUACAAAUAUCGGGAAAAGUGAAGAAAAGUCCGUUCUUGAUGACGGCAAAGACGGGGACUCGGUCAUCUCAGAGUUAAGUAAUAUAUCAGAGGCCAAUACCAAUCAAAAUAGUUCUAUUCACAUAGACUCAUCAGAAUCAAAAGACACUUCACCUCUAUCAGAGAGUGUUUCAUUUCCGGAGGAUGGAAAAGAAAUGGCGAGAGAAACGAAUCAACAAUCAGAAUCUAGUGAUGAGAAUGAAGAGGACAUGCCUCGACUCAUAGAUAACGAGAAUGUUGCAAAGAAUGAUAAUGAAAAGUUGGAUUCACAGAAAAAGGUGCUUAUAGAUCAAAACAGAAACAAUGACUCUAGCCCUCAGGGCAGCAAUAAUCCAGAUCUUCAGAAGGAAACUAUAGAUCCAGAACAUGUGAAAGAAAAUGAUGUAGAAGAUGAGUGUUUGCAUGAGGUUGAUAAAGAAAAGAAAGAAGAGGAUGAAUACCUAGACAUUCUUGGAAAUGGUUCCCUGAAGAAAAAGAUUUUAAGACCAGCUGCCCCUGAUGCCAGAAGACCCAUCACAGGUGAUAAAGUAACAAUCAGAGUUGAGGGAAAACUGGAAGAUGAAACUGUUGUUGAUGUAAAUGAUUCACUGACAUUCGUUUUAGGAGACGGUGAUGUUGUACAAGCUUUGGAUUUGGCUGUGGUACUAAUGGAGGAGGGACAAAUUAUAGAACUACAAACAGAGGCCAGGUUUGCCUAUGGAGAGAAAGGAAGAAAGCCAGAUAUUCCACCUUAUUCCAGUAUCACUUAUACCAUAGAGCUGAUUCAAAAAGAUUAUCCCCCAGACUAUGACAGCAUGUCCACAACAGAGAGACUUACACAUGGGGAAGGUAAAAGAGAGAGAGGAAAUUAUCUGUUUACAAGAGAAGACUAUGUAUCAGCUGUUAAUUCUUACACAAAAGCCGUUAGUAUUCUAGAUCCCGCCACAUGUUCAGAUACAGCAGAGAAUUUACAAAAAUUACUAGAGAGCAGACUUAAGUGUUACAAUAACAUGGCAGCAUGUCAACUGAAAACAGAUGCUUAUGAUGCUGCCAUCAACUCCUGCAGAAUGGUACUUGAUGUACAACCAGACAAUGUCAAAGCUUUAUUUAGGACAGGAAAGGGCUAUGCAGCUAAAGGGGACACAAAAGAAGGACUGCUAUAUAUGAGGAAAGCUCAGAAAUUAGAACCAGAUACAAAGGUCAUCAACCAGGAAAUAAUGAAGCUCAGUAAAAAAUUACAAGCUGAAACUCAAUCGGAGAAGAAUAUGUACCAGAAAAUGCUGGGUCAGAAACCUGAGGCCAAAGUCAGCAAAACCUCACCAAAGUCCAGCAGUGUGUGGAAGUGGACCUCAGUCAUUAGUGGUGUUACAAUUGCAGUAGUUGCUAUGGGAAUUACAGCAUAUAGGCAUAUGCAACACUGAAGUGGGCAGUGGUAGCAACCAUACAUGAAGAUAUACCUGUGUUAGAACUACUACAAAGUAUAUUUGCCAUGUUGAACUCAAAUGUUUAUCAAAUUUUCAUAUACUGUAUAGUACUUUUUGAUAGAUCAAAUUAUUCAAACUGUCAGGAAUAUGCAGUGUUUACCAAGAUUUUCAUAAUAAUUAAACAUUUAUCUAAGCAUUCUUGGAAUUUGUCAAAUAGAUAUAUGUGGAAGUGUGUGUAAAAAAAAAAAAUUAAUGGUAAAAAAAGGAGAAAAUAA